AACAGGCGAUAAACGAGACAGUACAAACAGCCCUCACGUUACUAUUAUCCACGUUUAACUUACAGAAAAUAUGUUCAAAGUUACGUAAAACAAAAUAAUUGAUCCUAUCUGAAGUAGAGUACGGAAUACAGUUCACAGCGUAUGUUACAUUGUAACAAGUGACAUCUCUUGUUGUUGGUAGCACUGCUGCAUUCCUGCCAGUCUGCACAUAGUGAAGUGUGAGAAGUAACAGUAGAAGGAGAGGGUUCUACAAGGAUCCCAAGCGUGAAAGCAAGAAAAGUGGUGUAUACUCUGAACAUAGCAGAUGUUUAAAGUUGUUUGAUGUCAUAUUCCGUAUACAUUUCUAGUAAUUAUGAGAUUUUAGAAAAUUUCCAAUUUGAGAUUGGUUUAGGUAGUCUUUAAAGUACCGCCUUCUACAUAAAAUUAUAUAAAAUGCUCAGAAGAAGUAGUGUGUUAGCAGAAACUCGAAUUCUGCAAGAGUUCGUAUUAAAUUUAAGUUCUAAUCCUGUACAUGGAAAUGAUGUAUUCUGUCAGACAAAGUGGACCUAGUCAUUACGAAUCUCGACGAAUGUAGAAUGUCGCACAAUGGCUACCAGCCAGCAUUUCAUUCUUCUCUUCACCAGGAGGGAACUAUGGAGUUAUAUAUUGAGACACUUACCGGAACAGCGUUUGAGAUGACAGUAUCACCGUUUGAUACUGUCAUGUCAAUAAAAUCAAAGAUUCAGAGAGUUGAAGGUAUUCCUGUAUCACAUCAACAUUUGCUGUAUAACUUCCAAGAAUUAGAUGAUUCAGCUUGUCUCAUAGAUUAUGCCAUUCAAGAUGGGGCCACACUCAAAUUGGUAUUAUCCAUGCGAGGUGGUCCUAUUAGUACCCGACAUCUCCCUCCAGAACAAGAGCUUGCUUGGAAGGAAUUACGAGAGUUUGUUGAAAGUAACAGGGAGGAUAUGUUUGAACAUCUUCCCCCUGGAUGUCGAGUCACGGUACUAGUUUUCCGUGAAGGUGAUCAAGUCAACUUGUUCAGAGUUAUUGAAAAUGAAGAUGGGACAUACUCACCACUUUCUGAAUCUUGGAGUGGCUCUUCCAUUCGAAAUCUGUUUGCCGAGGACGAGCCAGAAGAAGCUGAAAGAAGACUCCAAGAAAACUCUGUUACAAUGGGGAAAAUGCAAGAGCUUCGGACAAGGAUGGAAAAAUUGUCUUUGCAGAAGAAGCCAAAGAAACCAUCGGCACGUGUUCUUUCUGGUAAACGUCCUCUACUUCAUAAUCGUAGGGGAACACCUCGACCACAUCACAAUCAUAAAGGAAGGUCUCCAGAGCAUAUUGAAGUUCCACAGACAAAGGGUCAAAGUAAUAUCCUACAGCUUCCACCCAUCAUUAAGUCAGAAAUAAAUCUAACAUCUGCCUCUUCAUGCAGACGUCAUAAUGGCGGAAAUUAUCUAGCAACAAGUUCCCUUCUCCAAGCACAGAAUCAGUUGCAAGCAAGACGAAAUAGAGACGUAGGAACUAAAUUCUCAGAUGCUGUAAGUGAACAUGACAAUAAUUCAGUACUAACCAUGAAUAAACAUGGUAGAAGAGGAUCACAACAGAACACCUUACCAGCAAUUGUUUCAUCUUCUGUUCCUCUUUCUGGCAGUAAGAGUACAAGAAACAGUGGACAUCUAGAUAUGAAACAAAGACAAAAUAGUGAAUAUGGGCACAGGAUAGGUAUAGUGAGUGGAAGUUGCAGUGAAAAAACUAAGAGCUCUAUGGAAGACUUAAGCCUGGGCAGCAGCCAGGGAGUUUCAGUCAUAUCAACACCAAACAUUGCCAUAGUAGAAGAAGAAAAUGAUUCAGCAGCAGGAAAGAACGAACAUUUUUCUCCUCCAAAUCACAUUAUAAUUCCAUCCAAAGAAGCAACCACAUUCACAGUUUCACAGAUUCAUCAGGAGCGAAUAAGGACACCUGUUAGUAGUAGUCAAAACCGAUACAGAGUGUCUCAAUUAAUUUUAGAUGAUGAUCGACCCAGAACUUCCCCUGAUGAGUUGACCCAGCAACAGAAAGCUGCUCAAGAAUUAUGUGCCAUCCUCAGUGACACUAAAUGGCACAGACAGGGACAACAGCAUAGAGUCCAUUAUAGUAAUUCUCAAUUAGAAAUGCUAGGUGAUUUACCUGUAGAACAAAGAAAGAAUGAAAAUGAUCCAAAAGAUUUUUUGCAUCUGGAGAAAAGGCCUGAAAUUAACUUGACACUUCCUCCUCAGCCUUCUCUGAUUGAUGUGACAACACAGUCUCCAAGGUAUGGACGCAGAAGUGUCAUGUUACCAUCUGCCAAAAAGCAUGAUAGAAUAGAAUGUGAUCUUCCUACCAUGCACCACCAGGCAGAAAUAAAUCGUGAUGCUCAUUCACUGAGACAGUCAAGACGACAACUGCCUUCUGGUCAAGGUACUUUGCUGCAUGCAACACAAAAGAUGAUCGGAGAACUGGGUGAAACCCCUCUGUCCCUUACACAGGAACUGGAUCCACAAUCCUUGCCCCUUGUCUCCACCAAGAAACAAAGCACAGUCCGAAGCCGGUGUGCAGUGUGCAGGAAGAGACUGAACAUUACCAAUGUAUAUACCUGUCGAUGUGAGAAACACUUCUGUGCUACCCACCGUUACUCAGAACUUCAUAAUUGCACAUUUGACUACAAAACUGAUGGUCGUAAAAUUCUAGAACAAACUAAUCCAUUAGUUACAGCACCAAAAUUGCCCAAAAUUUAAGAUAAUUAUGCUAAUGGCACCAAAUUUUGUAAGUUUAUCAGAAAAUUGCUCUAAUUCUGCAAUUCAGUUCCCCUUAUAUAUGAAAGAUGUUACAUUUAUAAAAAAUAAUUUCUGAAAUAUAUUAAAAUUGAGUUCAGGGUUAUAAGUGCUCUAUGAAUAAGAAAAGUUGGUUGGUUCUACUAUCAUUUGCAAAGACAAAUGUAAAAAGGUUCAGCUUCCAUUGAACAUAUGAAGAUAUUAUUAUAAGAUGUGAUAUUAUGUGUAGUUUUAUCUUUUUCUAAAUAAUUUAAAUUCUAAUGGGUGUCUAAUUAACAGCUCACCAAUAGGUCUUUUUAAACAAACGUUUUCUGUGAAACAUUCAUUUACAGUCCUAAUGCCCAUGGCUUGCAGAUGCAUACUUAGAAAAUCAUGGUCUGGUAAAUGAAUGUUUACUCUGAUCUAUGAUUUCAUAUACACACUUUACGAUUCAAAAACAUCUUAUGGUUACUGUCUUUAGUAAUUAAGGCUUUAAACAAGGAGACUGAAAAUAUGUAAUAACCAUAAUAAUUCUGUUAGCACUGUUUAUAAAUGGAACAUUUUAUGACAUUUCACUUUCAAGCUUAUAAUAAUUUAAACCACAACGAUGUAUGAACAAUCAGGACGAUGUUCUGUCCUGUCACGAAGAGCAAGGGAAAUGCCUACCUUUGCAUUACAUGAGAAUCUUGGUUACACAAUGUUAAAUUCCAAUAAAGAAAAUAAUUUUGUCAUUA